CUCUGAAUCCUAAUGUGUUUGAGCUCUGCCCGCCCAUCUCUCUGCGCACUUUGACCUCUUCUCUCUUUGGCAAAUAUUUACCUCGUUUCCACCCUAAAGUGGUCUGAGCGUUGCAUUUGAAGAGGGAAGAUGUCCAGAAAUCACAGGCUGCUGGUGAAAAAUGCCAAGCAGGUUGUUUUAAUCUGCAACAACGGGGAGAAGUUCCUGACCAGGCAUGGGAUGAACAACCUGAGUGUGAUCGAAAACGCCAGCGUUGUCGUCGGUAGUGAUGGUCUGAUUAAAGCUGUGGGUCCUGCAGAAACCAUCAGCGCUCGGUUCUCGGAGUCCUCCUUCGAUAAUGUGAUCGAUGCUGCAGGGAUGUGUGUUCUUCCUGGGCUUGUUGAUGCUCACACUCAUCCAGUCUGGGCCGGAGACAGAGUUCAUGAAUUUGCAAUGAAGCUAGCCGGUGCCACCUACAUGGAGGUGCACCGCGCUGGAGGAGGAAUCCACUACACGGUGGAGCGCACUCGAGCCGCCGCCGCCUCCGACCUGCUGGCCUCCCUGAGGAGCCGGCUGCAGCGGAUGCAGCGAGCCGGAACCACCCUGGUGGAGUGCAAGAGCGGAUACGGCCUGGAGCUCCAGACGGAGCUGAAGAUGCUGGAGGUGAUCGAGGAGGCGAGCAGAUCGCUUCCCAUCAGCAUCUCCUCCACGUACUGUGGAGCCCACGCUGUGCCCAAAGGGAAGACGGUGGCAGAAGCCACAGAGGACGUCCUGCAGGUUCAGCUUCCUCGGCUGAAGGAGCUGAUGUCGGCCGGGAGACUGAAGGUCCAAAACAUCGACGUUUUCUGUGAACAGGGAGUUUUUGAUCUGGACUCGACGCGCGCCGUCCUACUGGCUGGGAAAGAAAUGGGCCUCAACAUCAACUUCCAUGGAGACGAGCUGCAUCCCAUGAACGCUGCAAAGAUGGGAGCGGAUCUCGGAGCGCUGGCUAUCAGCCAUCUUGAGGAGGUCACAGACGAAGGGAUCGUCGCCAUGGCGAAAUCGAAAACCGCUGCCGUCCUCCUCCCGACCACGGCUUACAUCCUACGGUUGCCUCAGCCUCGGGCCAGAGACAUGCUGGAGGCAGGCGUGAUCGUCGCCCUCGGCAGCGACUUCAACCCCAACGCUUACUGCUGCUCCAUGCCGGUAGUGAUGCAUUUAGCCUGCGUCAACAUGAGGAUGUCCAUGACUGAGGCUUUGGCUGCCGCUACCAUCAACGCCGCGUACGCUCUCAGCCGCUCCGACACGCACGGAUCCCUGGAGGUGAACAAACACGGAGACCUGCUGAUCCUGAACGCAACACGGUGGGAGCACCUGAUUUACCAGCUGGGCGGGCACCAGGAGCUCAUCCGCUACGUCGUCAUCAGAGGAAACAUCGUGUAUGAUAACGACAAAACCCUGGACCUCUGACCCCGAAGGAACUCCCAGCAGAGGCACGUCUAAAAAUAAAGCCACACUUCCUUCCAGCUUUCAGAACAAAAACUGCUGGGUUUAUCUAUGCCACCAACUUAAGUGCAUAUUUGUGAAUGAACAAUAAUUAGCGGUGUGUGUUUAAGUCUCAGUCAGUAGCAGAAAUGACCAAACAAAAUGGUUGGAUUUAUAAAAAAUGCAAGAUUAACACGUGGACUUUGUAGCCUAAGAAUAUCCUCGUUUACUUUGUGCAUUUUAGGUAAUAUUUCUACUUUUUAACAAAUAUUUCAGUUUUUAUUCAGAUAAAAACACAUUCUUGACCAAAAGUCAACCUUUGAUUGUUCUAACAACUUUCUUAUGACAUUAAGUUCCACAAUCUCACUUCUAAAAAUUGUAAUAGAAAAGACCCUUUUAUGUAAGCAUAUUUGUACAUUUGGUUACAAAAUAAAAGUUUGUUUUUCUUGAA